AAUCUACCGUGCUUCCCUGGUGAAAACGACUGGACUCGGACUAAUGAAAAAAGGAACUUUCAGCUGUUAGCAGAGUACAUGAAGAGGAGAGAGUCAUGAGCCCGAGUUUGCCUUACCUCUACUCCUUUUUGGGGCUCCUACCCCUUUGGAUGCUGUGUACAUCUUCUGCCAACAAAUGUAUUGUUAGACAUGAAGUAGCUGACUGCAGUCAUCUGAAGUUGACUCAAGUGCCCAAUGACCUCCCAGCAAACAUAACAAUGUUGAAUCUCUCCCAUAAUCAGCUCAGAAAAUUACCAUCUGACAACUUCACAAGAUAUAGCCAACUUACUGUCUUGGACGGAGGAUUUAACUCCAUCUCAAAACUGGAGCCAGAAUUGUGCCAAAAACUCCCCCUGUUGGAAACUUUGAACCUCGAACACAAUGAACUAUCUCACCUUUCAGAGCGAACUUUUAACUUCUGCAUGAAUUUGGCUGAACUCCACUUAAGGUCCAAUUCAAUUCAGAAAAUUGAAAAUAAUCCUUUUCAAAAUCUGAAGAAUUUAAUCAAAUUAGAUCUGUCUCAUAAUGGUUUGUCAUCCACCAAAUUAGGAAGUCAGCUCCAACUGGAAAAUCUCCAAGAGCUCCUGUUAUCAAAUAACAAAAUUAACAUCCUGAGACCUGAAGAACUGGAUUUUCUUGGCAAUUCUUCUUUGAAAAAAUUAGAAUUGUCAUCAAAUCCAAUUAAAGAGUUCUCUCCAGGGUGUUUUCAUGCAAUUGGAAAAUUAUUUGGCCUCUCUCUGAACAAUGCUCAACUGAACCCCAGCCUCAUAGAGAACCUUUGUUUGGAACUGUCAAACACAAGCAUUCAGAAUCUAUCCCUGAGCAACACCCAGCUGUACAGAACGAGCAAUAGGACUUUCCUUGGACUGCAGCGCACAAAUCUCACCAUGCUCGAUCUUUCCCACAAUAACUUAAAUGUUAUUGAUAAUGAUUCCUUUGUGUGGCUCCCACACCUCAAAUAUUUCUUCCUGGAGUAUAAUAAUAUAGAGCACUUGUUUUCUCACUCCUUUUAUGGGCUUCUCAACGUGCGGAACCUGGAUUUGAGACGAUCUUUCACUAAACAAAGCACUUCACUUACUUUGCAUCCCAAGAUUGAUGAUUUUUCCUUUCAGUGGCUGAAAUGUUUGGAAUAUCUUAACCUGGGGGACAACAACCUCGCGGGCAUAAAAAGCAAUAUGUUCACAGGACUGAUAAAGCUGAAAUACUUAAGCCUCUCCAACUCCUUCACAAGCUUGCGGACUUUAACAAAUGAAACAUUUUUGUCACUUGCGCAGUCUCCUUUGGUCACACUCAACCUAACCAAAAACAAAAUCUCAAAAAUAGAGAGUGGUGCUUUUUCCUGUUUGGGCCACCUUCAGGUACUCGACCUUGGCCUUAAUGAAAUUGGGCAAGAGCUCACAGGCCAAGAAUGGAGGGGUCUAGGGAAUAUCAUUGAAAUCUACCUUUCCUACAACAAAAACCUACAACUGACAGGUAGUUCUUUUGCCUUGGUUCCAAGCCUCCAACGCCUGAUGCUCCGCAGAGUGGCCCUUAGGAAUGUGGACAUUUCUCCUUCACCUUUUCAUCCUCUUCGGAACUUGAUCAUUCUGGAUCUAAGCAACAACAACAUAGCCAACAUAAACGGUCAACUGUUGGAAGGUCUUGAGAAACUAGAAGUUCUGGAAUUGCAGCACAACAACUUAGCUCGGCUAUGGAAACGCGCCAACCCUAGUGGUCCUGUUUAUUUUCUCAAGGGCCUUUCUCACCUCCACAUUCUUAACCUAGAGUCUAACGGCUUUGAUGAGAUCCCAGCAGAGGUGUUCAAGGGCUUAUCGGAAUUAAGGAGUAUUGAUUUAGGAUUGAAUAAUUUAAAUGUAUUUCCGCUCUAUGUCUUUGAUGAUCAGGCAUCUCUAAAGUCAUUGAACCUUCAGAAGAAUCUCAUAACGUCAGUUGAGAAGGAUGUUUUUGGGCCAGCCUUCAGGAACCUGAGUAAUUUAGAUAUGAGGUUUAAUCCAUUUGAUUGUACCUGUGAAAGUCUUGCCUGGUUUGUUAACUGGAUUAAUGGUACACGUACCAACAUCUCAGAGCUAUCCAGCCAUUACCUCUGUAAUACUCCACCUCAAUAUCGUGGUUUCCCAGUGAUGCUCUUUGAUAUAUCACCCUGCAAAGACAGUGCCCCCUUUGAACUCUUUUUCAUAAUAAAUACCAGUAUCCUUUUGAUUUUUAUCUUUACUGUACUGCUCAUCCAUUUUGAGGGCUGGAGAAUAUCUUUUUAUUGGAAUGUUUCAGUGCAUCGAGUUCUUGGUUUCAAAGAAAUAGACAGCCAGCCAGAGCAGUUUGAAUAUGCAGCAUAUAUAAUUCAUGCCUACAAAGAUAGGGAUUGGGUCUGGGAACACUUCUCUCCGAUGGAAGAAAAAGAUCAAACUCUCAGAUUUUGUCUUGAAGAAAGGGACUUUGAGGCAGGUGUCCUUGAACUUGAAUCAAUUGUUAACAGCAUCAAAAGGAGCAGAAAAACAAUUUUUGUUAUAACACAGCAUCUAUUAAAAGAUCCAGUGUGUAAAAGAUUCAAGGUGCACCAGGCAGUUCAGCAAGCUAUUGAACAAAAUCUGGAUUCCAUUAUAUUGAUCUUUCUUGAGGAUAUUCCAGAUUAUAAACUGAACCACGCACUCUGUUUGCGACGAGGGAUGUUUAAAUCUCACUGCAUCUUGAACUGGCCGGUUCAGAAAGAACGGGUAAAUGCCUUUCAUCAUAAACUGCAAGUAGCGCUUGGAUCCAGAAAUUCCGUACAUUAAAUUUAUUUAAAGACUAAGUUAACAAAGGAGUAACUUUCCCCACUUAAAGAGUUUCAUAAUAAAUUUAAGUUUUAUUUGAAGAUAAUAUAUAUCUGUUCAUUCAUACUUAGCAUUACCACAAUUCUAUAUUUUGUAUCUCCCUAUUUCAGGACUUUUAUUGCCAACUGAGUUAAUUAGACCCAAAAUAAACUUACAAGAAUCUCUUCUAUUAAGGAAAAUGUACUUGGUUACCGAGGUCUAUAACAACUUAAGAAAGUUUAAAAAUAUUCCUCAUUUCAAAAAACGUUGGAAUUACGUGAAGCUUUCCAAUAAUUAUAUUUGGAGGUUUUGUUUUUGGAUGCACGCAUAGGACAACCAGAGGUCAUUGUUUUAGUAGGUAUAAUGCUAUUUCAACUGUAAAAGAGUAAAAUAUAUACCCUAAUUUUAAAAUGCUUUAUUACAGUAUUUUUUUCAGUUAGAAAGCUUUUAAUUUAGUGUUGCCUACUUCAAUGUUGAUUUUGUUAAGUGUUAAAUUCCAUUUUAAUAUACAGACUCAUGGUCAGAAAACAUUUGUUAUUCAUUUUGAUUACUUAGUUAAAAUAAAUAUUUUAAUCAGUGCUUAUAUUUCCCUGACAUUUGGGUUUCUGCUCUAGGUGUUAGAAGAAACAAUUUUCUUACUUAAAAGUAUUACAGGAAACAAAAAAGUAUUAUAGAAUGGCUUGCUUCCUGAAGGCUAAUUAGUAGAUUAGCUUUGUGGGAAAAAAAUAUUGUUUUCUCUUGGUCACAGAGGAUCCUGGUCACAUCAUUUGGUCCUACUGGGGCCCUUUGACUCUUGAUCUUAAAAAUUACGGUGUUAAACAAAAUCUUAAAUAAUCCUAUAUAAUUAGCGGUGAUGAUCAUGGUAUAGUACAGUCACAUGAAGCAUCAUGUCAUAAAAUAAUAUGCUACGUGUAGAUUAGUCCUUCUCUAGAAAAACUAUUAUUUUAAAUUUUAUUUUUGUUUUACAACAGAAAGAAUCUAAUUAUUGAAAAUAGACAUGAAUAGCUUUUUAAAGCAAAGGCUUCAUAUAACUAUAUAGAUAUAGUAUAUAUAUAGUUAUAUAUAUAACUAUCGUAUAUAUAUAUAUAGUUGCAUAUUUAUAACUAUAAAGAUAGUUCUGGUAUUCACAUAAAGAGAGUGUUGAAAUUAUAAAGCUGGGUUAAUUUCUAUAUUAGAAGCACUUGUUUAGUAAAUUUAGAGAGAACUUGAAGUGUCACAGUGUGGAACUUUGAUUAAAAUAGUACAGUAUCCUCAGGGCUAAGUCCACGAAAUCCUGGAAAAAGCAGCACCCACUUUUCUCACAUUCUCUCAACAAUGUGAAUGUGUGGAAGACUCAUUUUCACUUCUAUGCUACACACCACCCUUGCACAUGAGACACUUGCUAGCGUUUUUGUUAAGAUGUGCUUUCCGCCUAUGAAAUAAUCUCAUUUUAUUUUGACAUUGUAAAAUAAAAAUAAAAAGAAAUAAAUAAAAUAAAGAUUAAAUUAAA